AUGGUCUCCCUUGAAGAUAUUCGCGCUCACAAUGCGCAGGUCUCGUCCUCUUUCCCCCCUGGCCUCGUUGCCCUGUUCGUCGGCGCUACGAGUGGCAUCGGCGCAGCCACAUUGAAGGCAUUCGCAAAGAAUACUCGCAGCCCUCGCGCCUACUUUGUCGGUCGCUCCCAGGAAGCCGCAGACCAGAUCCUCGCCGAAUGCAAGACCCGUAAUCCAGAAGGGGAAUACAUCUUCAUCCAAGCAGACGUCAGCCUCAUCCGGGUCGUGGACGAAGUGUGCGCCCAGAUCAAGGCAAAAGAAACAGAACUGAACAUCAUCUGUCUCAGUCAGGGAGUUGCCAGCUUUGACCGGAUUGAAACACCGGAGGGCAUCCACCUCCUCACAGCCCUACUUCACUACUCUCGAGCCCGCUUCAUCACCCAGCUUCUUCCCCUCGUACAACACGCGUCUAGUAUUCGCCGCGUAUUAACUGUGGGUGCUGCUGGUUUAGAAGGAGCCAUCGACACAUCAGACUUCCCGGCGCUGCGUGUCCCGUUUGAGAAGAUCCGGCCUCACAUCGCCAGUCUUCUAACCCUUGCCCUGGAGGCCAUGGCCCGGAAGGCGCCUGAAGUGUCCUUCAUCCAUGGCUACCCCGGGGCCGUAAACACUCCGCUCACACAGCGCAUGCUCGGCAGUGCUGCUGCGACUGUGGGUGUUGAGAUGCCAGAUGACUGGAUGGAGCCGGAGGAGAGUGGGGAGAGGCACUUGUUUCUCUUGACUAGUGGGAGAUAUCCAGCUGCUGAGCUGGGUAUUGGAGGAAAGGAUAAAGGCGCCGUUCAAGGGAUAAAUGGACAGGCUGGUAGUGGAGUGUAUUCGAUUGGGUGGGAUGGGGAGUGUGUGUCGUCGGAGGCACUGGAGGUCCUGAGGGGCUUGAGGGAGGAGGGACUUGUUGACAAGGUGUGGGCGCAUACCGAGGGUGAAUUCGCAAGAAUCACUGCAAUUAAUUGA